CGCUGAGACUCGAGCAACCUCCGUCGGCCUAGUCAGCAGCCUUUUCUGUCGCCAAGUGUCUCUGCUGCGACGCCCGCACCUGUGAGCAAUCGCCAAAAAAACAAUCUCCCACGGUUCCUCGCGGCCCUCCAUCUCAGCCUUCAGCUUCUCGACGGCCAACUCGGGUCCCUCCAGAUUCGCCCUAGCAAUGCCCCGCAGUAGCUUCUCACAUACUCCCCUCUUGCGAGUGUCGAGGCCGGUGUCAGCCUGCUCAAGAUGUCGAGCAGCAAAGGUUAAAUGCGAUGGAAAGCUCCCUGCUUGCACGGCCUGUGAAAAGGCCGGGCGUGAGAAUGCCUGCUCUGCGGCAAACGACCAGUUUGCGCGAGGCAAGGAGCGAAGCUAUGUCGCCGCUCUGGAGCUUCGCAUAGAGAAGCUGGAGAGGCGCAUAGCAUAUGCCAAGUCUCGAAAAGCUUCUGUAGCUCUCCACGAGUCCGACUCAUUGGCCGUCGCCCAUGUAGACAGAAAAGAUUCCCUGGCGUCCAUUCGAGCAGCCAUUCACCGCAAAGCCGCCAGGACUCGCGAAAACUCAGAUGUCAACUCUUUGAUAUCCGAUUUCGGUUUCUUAUCGGUCAACGCAACAACUCGAGAUUUCGAGCCAUCCAUGAUCAACAUGACCUUUGCGCGUCUCGUCUUGGCCGCCGCAACCAAGGAUGCUGUCCCGGUCUCAACCGAGUCUUCGUUGCCACAGAAGCAAUAUGCAACUGAAAUCUUCCAUCACUUUAUGAAAAACAUGUACCCCCUCUUUCCGUGCUUUUCAGAAACCGUGGCUUUGAACGUCUUGAAUGACAUCUACAACCAACAAGCUGAGCGCGUUAUCAGCGCAUCCGACCAUUGGCUACUGUACUUGAUACUGGCCAUUGGAUCUACCAUGCAGAGCCAAAACGCCAACGAUGAGUACUAUAAUCUCGGUGUUCAGUUUGUAUCCAAGGCGUUGGAUUAUGCGGACAUCGCGUUGGCACCUGGAUAUGCCACCCAGAUUCAGUCCUUGCUCCUCCUUACACAAUACGCCAUCCUAGAUCCCAACCACUUCGACAGCUGGCUUCUCAUAGGCUUCACCACACGCGCUAUCGUUGAUCUUGGAUUCCAUCAGGAUCCCCCUUUGUCUUCAGUUGUAGAUCGAGCCACCUUGGAUAUGCGCCGCAAGAUUUUCUAUUGCGCAUAUGCUCUUGACCGAUCGAUAAGCAUGGUUCACGCUCGAUCGUUUUCCUUCACUGAUGAUGCGAUCCAUGUCGCGUUCCCAAAUGCCGCCGACCUUGAUCGCAAAGGCAAAGAUCUCGAGAAUUCCUCGAUCCUAGGCUCGCAAUCUGUAGAUUCCGGUCUACUUCUUUUCCAGCUCAGGAGAGCGCAGUCUUAUUGGUACCAAGAGUUAUAUCAAUCAUACUCGGCUCCGCUGCCAGACCCAUCAUCCUUUGUGUGGCAGAUAUGCCUGGACAUGCGAGAAUGGGGUGAAUCACUACCAAGCAAUCUUCCUUCUGGAAUACGGCAAAUGUUCGAGCAGGAAUUGAGAUACAGUUAUGUCUACUGCAUCGCGCCUUCAGCAAGGGCCCCUCAGAUUACCGACUACCACCGUAUCCUCAUAUUCGAGCACUCUCUGGCGUACCUCCUCACUAUGCAGGAAAUUGCCUCCGCCGGGCUUAACGGCGCAUUCUAUAACUACCACGAUGCUCUGAAAGUGUAUUUCAUGGCAAACCAGUUCCUUGCCGUACUGACGGACUCUGAGGAUAUGCUUCUUUCCGGUGCACAGAUGCAAAUACCCAUCUCUCGCCCCGGUGCCCCACCAGCGCCGCCGAUCCCACGACCUCAGCUACGAAAUGGAAGAUCCGGCGAGGAUAAUAUCAGUAGGAGUAUACGCUGUCUAGAGAGCAUUCCUCAGACUCUGGAGGUAUACGGUCGGCGGUGGGAGGACUCGGCCAUGCUGAAGCAGAGCUUGGAGCGAACACUAGCAGAUACUAUUGGGCGUCUAAGGGAACGUAAGAAGGUGCAGAGCAUCAAGAUGGAACAGCCUACGUAUCCCGGCAGCUCUCCUUCAGCUACUACUUCGCCUCGGGGACCAGCUAUCGCACGCACCCCGCCACAACCUAGAGAGAUUCGUUGGGUGGGAGUUGACGUCUCGCAGAUGAUGCACAACCGUGCUCAUCAGCAAUAAGCAGAGGCAAACUUUGGAAGCAGACACCUUUUGUUUUGCUGCGUUUUUGUGUUGAAGAAUCCAAUGGCGGUUAAUGUACGAGCAGUAUUAUUAGGAUAUUGGAUGUGAGCAGGGCAAUAUGUAAGAAAGACAAAAUAUCUCUGUAUCAUUAUACCCGCCCCGAGGGCAAGACUUUCUUUGGACGCCGAUGGCUUGGCUGGAUCGGAUAGAGCGAGGGUUAUUUCCAAGGCCAACAAAUGUCACUGAUUUGCUAUAACAAUUCUCUUUUGCUGGCCACCUUGGUCUGUCACAGGAAAAACAUAUGUAUAUAAUUUACUUUUGUU